AAUGGUCAACUAUUUUAUCAAUAACUCGUCUUUAAUAAAUUACCAAAUUUCUAGUCAAAAAUCAUUGUCAUGGUAAGAAUCUAAAAUCUUACACUAUAUAAUCUCGUAUUCUGUUUGAUAAUUUAUAUUGUUACUCGAACCAUAUAUACUGCGAUUCGAAACUCCAAUAGCAUCAUCCAUUUUCAUUUUAUAAGGUACCAGCUUAUACAUAUUUAAGACGUUUAUUGUUAUAUUCAAGGUAUUUAGGCCCUAAUUUAUAUGUUCACUAUAAAAAAUUAAUAAAAUAGUUUUUUUUUGUUGAAAUAUUAGAUUCAUUGAUCAACAGGAAAUGCUUUAUAACAAUGAAGCGAAACAAGAAAUUGGUUUAGCAUUUCUAAAGUUUUCAUUUUAAUAUAAAACAUUAAAUACCAAUGCAAUAGUUUUCAAGUUUGUUUAGGCGGAUAGUGUCUGAUGUCUCAUUGUAGGCAUAUCACUUUUUGUUUUGUUUUUUUUUUCGGUUCGCUAUCUUGUUAAAUAAUUAUAAUAUACAUCUUCUUGGAAUUAAAAAAAGUGUUGUCAACGUGGUAUAAUGUUCGUAUGUCGUUGUCUAUAAUUUCUAUGUAUUGGAAACUUUUUUGUCUAUUGAUUGUAAUAUUGUCUAAAUUUCACCCUAACAUGACAUUGCACAUCUCCAUAAGAUUUUUUUCGAUUUUGUACGUUUCAUAUGCGCAAAUUCUAAUACACAUUAUUGAGCAUAUUAUUGAUAACUUUAACACCAAAAGUAUAGUCGUGUAUGUUGAAAAUGCUAUAUUAAUUCUUUUGCAAAUAACACCAUAAACAUUUUUUUUCUUUUGGUCUGUUACAGAUAGUUAUGUCAAUUUUAAGCCAAUCUAAACCAAUGAUUCUGAUCAUUGGUACUAUUCCUAUUAUCCUCGAUAUGUAUGAUGAUUCCUCUUCUGCGUCAGAAGGAGAGGAAAUUGGAGAAACAAAAGAAAUAGCUCAAAGCCUUGCAUGUUUAACAUCUCAAAAUGCAUACCAUGUUGCUCCACAGCUCUUGUACGAGCUUCAGGUCGAGAUUUUUGCCCGUGUUCCAUGCCCUGAGUAUUGGAAACUACAAUUUCUCAACAAACAGUUUUCACAGUUGCUGAAAAGUAGUGAAAUUUUCCGAACGAGGCGAGAGCUCGGACUUGUGAAACCGUACUUUUUUAUGCUGUCAAGAAGUGAUAGGCGUUGGACUAUGUAUGAUGAGGACUUCAAAACUUCCCAGAGACUUCCAAAGCUCUCUUCUGGCGUUAGUUUUUUCAGUGGUGAUAAGGAAACUACUUGUGUGGGUACGCAACUAAUCGUCAUCUGGAGAUCUGAGGAGGGCAUUAGGGUGUGGCGUUACGAGCUUGCAAUGCACAAAUGGUUCAAAGGUCCUGAGAUGAUUACACCGAGAGUCAUGUUUGCUUCCGCAAGCCACGGGACAAAUGCCUUUUUCGCCGGCGGAUUUACGAUAAGUAAAAAUGGGGUUGAGGUUGUAAGCAUAGUAGAAAAGUACAAUACCGAAACAAAAACAUGGGCAUCCAUUCCUCCAAUGCAUAGGCGGAGGAAGUUGUGUUCCGGAUGCUUCUUGCGUGGUAAGUUUUAUGUUAUCGGCGGUCAGAAUGAAAACGACGAAAACCUAACUUGUGCAGAAAGUUACGAUGAGGAAACAAAUUCUUGGGAGUUGAUACCAAAUAUGCUUGCAGACAUGUCUUUAUCCAUUUCCCAAGCGCCUCCGCGUAUUGCGGUGGUCAAUGAUACUCUCUACUUGCUGGAUACAUCAUUGAAUGAGCUUCGCGUGUAUAAUGUAAACACAAACACUUCGAAGAAGCUUGGAACUAUACCUGUGAUGGCACAUGUAACUAAAGGUUGGGGUGUUGUAUUUAAGUCGGUUAAAGAUAAUCUUAUGCUGAUUGGAGCUUCGUUCAAUAGACUUCACUCUCGGAAACGGGGGAUCUACAAGUCUUGUCCAUCCCCAGACAUGGAAGAGAUUCAUUGGGAGGAGAUUUGUUGUCGUGGUGGUAGUCUUAACCAUUAUAUUCUCAACUGUUGUGUAAUGCUUGCUUAAAACUUUGUUUGUGUUGUUGUCUUUGUGUUUUGUGUUGUGCGGCGAUCUUUAUAGGUCUUGUGACUUUCGGGUUAUUGUCAUGUUUUUAUAAUGUCAUUUCUAUAUUUGCAUCUUAAGCUUGUGUUCUCUUGCUUAUUUAAAGUUAUUAAAUGUUUUUUUUUUGGGAAAUGGGAUAAGCUUGAAUUUAACACACAGUACAAAAGGUUAAAAGUUACUAUCUCAGUUUCAUUAAGAUAAAAAAUUUAGAGAAAUUUUUUGUUUCACAAAGAUAUAUUUUUUAUGUUUCCUAUACAAAAAUUGCAAUUUUUAAUAAAAAUAAUUAGAUUUAUUAAAAAACUAUUGAUUAAAAAGCAUUGGAAUUUGAUAAUUUAAAAAACGACGCAUGAUUAAUACUCCCUCCGUUCGGAAAUAGUUGACGUUCUAGUGAUUUUUUUUGUGUCAAUAUACUUGACGUUUACGGAGUCCAAUGCAAAUAAUGAUAGAAGUUGAUGUUUCUAUCCUUGUAAUAUUAACGUGAAUUUUAGCAUCUUUAUGACUAAAAAGCUAAUCCAAAGCAAUUGAAAAGGUUAAAAUAUAAAUUUUAUCAGUUUUCUUAAUGUUUGUGCAAAACUGAAAAACGUCAAAUACAAAAAUACGAAGAAAGUAUGUUUUUUUUAUGUGGAGAGAGUAUUUAAUGUUCGUAGUCAAUAUCCAAAACUACAUGGUGACUUAGGGCAUGAUUAAUGCAUGUUUAUUAGAGAGAGUCACUUAGCGAAUAUAAAAAAACGUCUCUUAUCUUUUAACUAAAAAAAAGCUAAGAAACAUCUCCUAAGAACCCGACUGAUGUCUUUUAGAAGAUGUUUCUUAAUUUUUUUUAGUUAAAAGUUAAGAAAUCUUCCCUAAAAGACAUUUAUUAAUAAUGAUCUUAUAUUUUAAUUUUUAGGCUUUGAAUGGUAAUGACAUUUCCAUGGUAUGAACCAUAAUGAAUCGGUCGAUCCACCAGAUAGGUAGAUCGACUUCCCAAACUGAUACUUUAAGCCCAAUCAAGAUUCAUUCGAGGCCCAACCCUUGGCUUUUUUUCUUGUUUAGCAAUCAACCUUUACUUUCAGAGCCAGAUAGCUUCCUUUUUGGUCAAAGGACUAUGUUAGCUUUAGACCUAGUAUAAGAUUCUCUUACAAAUUAUUUGGAAUCCUGUUGUAUGAUAGGACAAAUGAACAAACACUAUAUAGUAUAUUACAUUUUAAGGAUUGUAAUCAUGAUAACUAAAAUAAAUCUGAAUAAUCAAAAACAAUAUUUAACUACGAAAUGUUGAGGUUGAAAUGCAUGAUUAGCGUAGCAGGUUAUGGAUCUUAUUAAUAAUUAAACUUCUUAAAAUUAAUAAUUUAAUCUAUCGUAUUUUGUUUUUCUAAAAUUCCUCAAAAUCUUUUAAACAGAGAAAGACCAAUUUUUCACGUUUGAAUGUUUUUUUUAAGUUAUAAUUUGAGAUUUUAUUAGUCACAAAAACAACUAAACGUUUUAUUAAACCAUAACAACUCGAU